AGGUAGUGGGAGGGAGUUCUCCACUCAAUCCGUUUCCUCUUAACUUUUCUAACAGCACAUUUACACUUUGUACGGUGUCAUGUCAAUGUUUGCUCACGAUUUCGGCUGUGAAUCUUAUUGAAAAUGCGUGCCCGCCGCCUUUUUUUAUACUGUUAGCGAUUAAUGCAAAAUUGUCACCAUAGACGGGACAGUGUUUAUUUUAAAUAUUUCUACAGUUUUCCCCCUGGCUUUUAAGAAAAUCUAUUGAAAGAUGAUGCGUUGGUGGAAUAAUGAAGCCUACUUAAAGAAAAAAGCAAGUUCUAUUGAUGACUCAGUUAGAGAUAAACAAGACGAAGACUUUGAACCAUUUGACAUUGAAAAAAUUCCUCCCAAAAGAAAAUGGGUCUUCAAAGUCAGAGCCGAUCUCAAUCCAGGGGAGACCAUGUGUGUCACUGGGAACUGUGAUGUACUAGGUAAUUGGAAACAUGAUGAAGUAUUCGUCCUUUCUAAGGAAAAAGAUGAUGAUGGAAAUGAUACAGUUUGGACCGGCACAGUAAAGCUCCCUACAAACCUGGAUGUGGAGUAUCGAUAUGUGAUAUGUGUUUUAGUAGAGCCCGAUGGAAGUAGAAUUUUACAGAAACAUCAUAUAGUUAGAAGAUGGGAAACGAAUAGACAACCAAGAUUUAUACCUAAAAAAAUGAUGUACAAUUGCCCUGAAAGGCCGGCUGAAGUUGAAGUGAUGGGAUUUUAUGACAAUAAAGAAAAACUUGACAGAGGGUGGCUUACAACAGAAACCGCUAUCCAGUUGAAACUGUUUGGCGAACAUCUUCAAAUUUGGAAAUCAAAGUUAAAAGAUAAAGAUAUAUUUAUUAAAGUAACCCCGAUCAAUCUUUCUCGAGCGAAUAGCCUAACCCAGCCUGAAAUGGCUGAUGAUGGCCUGAGCCUUGAAACAAUGGAUAUUUCAGACAAAAAAGAAGGCUGGCCAAUAACAGAAAUCGCUGUUCUUAAUGCAAGCGAAAGGAUAUUUAAAUUCCAAGAGCAGUUUGGAAGAGUAUACAGCAAGGAAGACUUCAUAGUAUUUCAAGUCCUUGUGACCAACUUAGAUCUUGUGGCAGUGUUGAUGGACUUCUACGCUUAUCCAACACGGACAUGCGAAGAUGAGCCGCCAUGCCACUUUGGGUUCAGCUACAUCCUUCCAAGCUCAAUGAACAGAAGUGAAGGGCAAAUAGCAAUCCCGAUUACCAGCGUGCGCCAUCGACCAAUUGGACAAGUGACAGUCGACUACCUUGUCAUAAGACCUACACCAAAUUACACAUGCAACUUAAGCUAUUCCUUACAUCGGCAGUGGAAGGAAUCUUGGCAUGGAUUAGAUGUUGGUCAUAGGGGUUCUGGCACUUCUUUUAAAGGAGACAUUAAACAAUGUGCAGAAGUAAGGGAAAACACGAUUGCUUCCCUGAAAAGUGCAGCUUCUCAUGGUGCUGACUUCGUAGAGUUUGAUGUUCAACUCUCGAGAGAUCUCAUUCCUGUGUUGUAUCAUGAUUUCUAUGUUGCGAUUUCCAUGAAACGGAAAAAGGCGAUGCAAAUACCAGAUGAAAUGAUACAACUUCCAGUCAAAGAUCUUUCUCUUGAACAACUGCAAAGACUAAAGCUUUAUCACAUUCGUGAAAAUACCACGGGCAAUAGCAGAUUUUCAGAUGAACACCUUGAAGAACACCAACCCUUCCCAACAUUGCAACAAGCUCUGGAAAUCUUGGAUCCAAGUGUUGGCUUCAACAUUGAAAUUAAAUGGACAAUGCAAUUGAAGGAUGGUACUUAUGAAUUAUACCACCCAUUUGAUCUCAAUCUAUACUUGGACACUGUACUUGAGGUAGUACUACAGCAUGCAGGUUCAAGGAAUAUCAUAUUUUCUUGCUUCCAUCCAGACAUCUGUACUAUGAUCCGCCUUAAACAAAACAGAUACCCUGUUAUGUUUUUGACACAGGGGAUUACAGACAAGUAUCCAGCUUAUCAUGAUCCUAGAUGCCAAAAUGUACCUAUGGCUGUUCACUAUGCAGUUGGGAUGGACAUUUUGGGAAUAAAUGUACAUACUGAAGAUCUUUUGAGAGACUCCUCCCAAGUGAAUUUAGUGAAAAGAGCCGGUUUGGUUUUGUUUUGCUGGGGGGAUGAUAACAAUGACACUGCAACAAUUAAACAUUUGAAAGAUCUUGGCAUACAUGCAGUUAUUUAUGAUAAGAUUGAUCAGUAUAGCAAUAAAGAAGUUAAAGAAAGUAUAUUUAGGUUAGAAGCCAGGGAAUCAGAAAGAGUUCAAAUCAGGGCUGCGGCCAGCAGAGCAUCUGUGGAUGAAUAUCUCCACCCUUCACCCCAGUCUCCGGAGGUGCCAGUUCAGUCGAAUGUGCAAGGAAAUUAUUUCUUAGAUAUCGAUGCAGCGGCCAAUCCUGAUCGUCCUCCUUCUAUGCCUUCUAAUAUUUCUCAUUGGACCCAAGAUGGCAUUGGUCACAGCUCAUCUAUCAAUUUAGGAAAUCAGGAAACGGCCUCAUGAUGUCUAUAAGCAUAAGGAAUAACAAUUACUGAAAGAAAAAAAAAAAAAGAAAAACAUUUUAAGUGCCUCUUAAUUUUUAGGUCAUUAUUAAAUGUCAAUGGAACUAAAUUAAGCCUUUUAUUCUUCUUGGCACAAAAGGGUCUUAGUCUUUUAUUGUUGUUAUAUAUCGAAAGUAUUGCUUAAUUUAGGGUUCCAUACAAAAUGUUAAUAAAUAGUGAUAUAUGGCAUAUAUUAUCUGCUACAGCUACGUGUAUGUUUGAUUCAGUUGUUUGUAUAAAUAAUUAGUUCCUUUAAUUGUUUAGUACACAUAAGAAAAUAAGCCAAGUUGUUGCAAUAAUAUUCUAGGAAGAAAGUAAGUUUUUCCAAAGAAUUUAUUUUGAAAAAGUACAAAAGACCAUGUUUCAAAGAAAUAAAAUCAUGUUUAUUUCAUCCAUACAUGUGGUCAUUAGUAUUUUAUUAAUUAGAGGAAAUAUUACUAUGUAUUACAGAUGAGAUCUAAAAUGUUAAAUGACAUUUAUGAAAUCCAAAAUGCAUCCAUAAAAUAUUAAAUUCACUUUUAAAAAAUUGUAUUACUCUACAAAUGUAUUAUCAAAUGCUUUCAUAUUAUUUUAAUUUGUUAUUUGAUAUUAAAUGUCUAAGGUAGUUGUGUCGUAUUCCUUAAAAAGAAAAAUUAUAAAAAAAUAUUGAAAUUACACAAAAGCCAAGAAUACAGUUUCAGAACUAGGUAUUGAUUAUAUAAGAUUGUGAUAUUAUAAAAAUAAUUUAAUCUAACUCUA